GUGUCAUGCUUCGACGUCUUGUCUUGCGUCAAAAAAGUGAAAAUUGUUUCUUGUCGCAAGUUGUGUAUUUUAUUUUUUAAAUUAAAUUAAUGCUAUCAAGCUUUUAAUUAGAUGUUUUACGUUUUAUUAACUGGUUGUAUAUUUAAGUAUUUCUUAACUUGUAGCAGGAAAAUCCUCUGAGAGUUACUUUUAAAGAAGAUAUCCUGGAAUCUAUCUUGAGAUCGUAAAAAUAAUAACACAUUUUAGAAGCACGUAGAAGCACGCAGGUUUUACUGAAAUCUACAAUGGCUACAAGAAAGCGUAGUGGUUCUGGAUCAAAGAGACAUUUGAAGGAGAAAGUGGUACAGAUAUACGAGUCGUUUUUUAGAGGCGAAGACCUGACCAGUGAUAACCCCACUUUCUGGGAUGAAUUUUUCCUCCUCAAACCAAAGAUCCCUCAACUUGAAGCUGAAAUCCACAAGUUAUCAGUGGAACAGCUCAACAAUAUGAAAGAUAGUAUUAAUUUAUUAGUCACACAGUGUAUAGAAAUGCUAGGACAAGAACACCAUAUAAGGCUUGUUUAUGCCCUUCAAACAUUGAGUGCACUCCUCAUUACUAUGUACCAAAGGGCAAGUCAAGACUCCAAUGUAAACAUUAAAACCCUACUUAUAGGAACAGAGAAUGCUGAUAUGAAAAUGCAGAAGUUAUUUGAACACUGCAGUACUAUAUUGUCAGGUGAUGUGCCUGAGAGCUUGAAAUCAAUGGUAUUGAAGUUAUUGCUGAUAAUAGCCACUGGGCUUGACAACAUUGAUGACAAUGUCUUGGUUGAUUAUUUAAUGCAAAAUUCCUUAUUUGAGCCAUUAAUCCAAUUACUUUGCACAUCGACUGAAAGACAACAACAUGGCUAUGAUGUUGUGAUUCUGUUAAUGUUUUUGGUGAACUACAAAAAACAGGAGUCUGCCAACCCAUAUGUAGUAAAACUAUCAAUUCUUGAUGAUGAACUGGCUUUGAAUGGGUAUGGCCAAGUUAUAACUGCAACAUUGAAUGAUUUCGUGAUGUCUGCGUUCGGCGGCUUGCAAGGCGGCGGCGGCGGAGGCUGGCUCUCCUCUUUAACCAGCAUGGUGGGAGGCAUAUUCCUAGCCAAGAACAAAUCCAAAACUUUCUGGCUCUAG